AUGGGUGAUGCUGCGAAUGGACAGAAAUUAUUCGUCAAGAUGUGUGCGACUUGUCAUACUGUUGAUGCAGGCGGUAAACAUAAGGUUGGACCCAAUUUAUUUGGGGUUAUCGGAAGAGUUGCUGGAACCACCGCUGGUUUUAGUUAUUCCGACGCAAUGAAGAAAAAAGGAGUGACUUGGAACGAAUCAACUCUCAGUGAAUACCUCGAGCAGCCGAAGAAAUCAGUCCCAGGGACGAAAAUGGUCUUCGCUGGGUUGAAGAAGGCGAACGACCGGAGUGACAUGAUUGCCUAUUUAAAAACAUUAAAAUAGAGAUGAGUUACAUUACCUGAAUGUCCUGAUGAAUCCCCAAGACACAGAGGGUGAAACUGGAGCCAGCAGCUGUGGUGUCGUGACCCUGAGGACGAACUAACAUUAGAAAAAAAUAUGAAAUUCUUAAUUAGGCAACAAAGUAGUUUUAAUGUUAAGUAACCUCGAACAUGAUGGUGUCAACCUCCUCUCGAACCUCAUCUUCAGUCAUGUUGGCUCCAUUCCUCGAGAGUUCUAGCAUGAGGUCCAAGAAGGCCAAGCGUCUCUU